AUUUCUAGAGCACUCAACAUCUUCCAUCAGCAACUUUCGCACUUUCCACACAUUACUUGCAAUAAGCACUCUACUAUAUACACACUUGUUUUUCAGCAACAUUAAUUGAAGCGUUUAUUAGUGACAGAUAAGAUCAUGGGUUUGAAGAACCGUGGCGUUGGCCAUAGAGCAUGGAACCUCCUGCGGGUGUCAUUGAUGUGGGCACGUAAAGGUGGCGAGUUGAGGCGCAGGGUGGCGAUGGAGCUGCGUCUGGUUCCAAAGUACUUGAAGCGCCUCGGCCACAAUACGCCACCUAGCCAUAUUCACUACUUUGAGCGCGAGCUCUCAUUCGACAAGACCCCCAUCUUCCAUGUCAAGAUGUACCGUCCAACCUCCAUGCGCUUCCACUUGCCUCACAUUCCCUGCAUAAACCCUCAUGUUGAUUUCGACUAUGAUUUUAACGAUGAUGAUGACAAUGUUGGGUACGACACCGGAAGAAAGAGUGCCCUCAUAGAUGCGGGAGAGCGAGAUCAAGAAUGCUAUCAUGAUUAUUAUGAAGGAUGUCAAGAGAUGGCUUAUGGUGAAGAAGAGGAACGACAAGGAGAUGCACAGGGGAUAGAUAAGCGAGCUGAGGAGUUCAUUGCUGAAUUCUAUAAGCAAAUGAAGCUGCAGCGCCAGAUUUCUCUUCUACAAUACAAUCAAACACCCAGUAGAGACACAAGUUGUUGAACAUGUUUCUAAAAUAUGCAAACUACGGGUUCACUUUUUUUCACUUCAUUUUUCCUUCAUUUUCUAUUUAGUUUUGAUGCCAUUGUCAAUGCUAGAACAUUUUGGUUCACAUAAUGAGAGAGAGAGAGAGAGAUCUAGUUGUACUGCGGGAUGUUGUAAAUACCGGGAGCUACCCUUGAGUUCUAGUAUUUACAUUUUUUUCAUACUUAUAAUUUCAAUAAAUAAUACAGAGCUGUUAUUCAUUGUUGAAUUUA